AUGGACACCAACACGGGCGACUUCAAUAUCGACACGAUGGAGAGACUUGCAAAGCGACCGCGCCUGUCGUUCUCUCCUGACUCCGUGGAGGAAGUGCCGGAGGGGUGGGACCUCCAGACAGCACGCGCGCAGAAUGACAUGAAGCUCAAGUCGAUCUUCGAGGGCAUAUUUUCAAAAUACGGAAAGGACUUUACGGAAGUCGGCGACGAGAUUGAUCUACAGACUGGGAAGAUCGUGGUCAACAAUGGACAUCUGCUGGGCCUGCGCGAGGAAACCGACGCCGGAGAUGGAUCACCACCAUGGCUCUACGAGGAUGAGGAUGCCAAUACAGACAACGGAGAUAAUCCAGGGGCGGAAGAACCGGUCGAAGCUCGUGAGCUGGCGAUAAAUGAUGACUGGGAUGAUAUCCAGAGAGAAUCCGACCUGGAUAGCAACGACUCAUUACUCGAUUCAGCACUGGCCUACAAGGACGCUGGAAAUACAGAAUGUCCUAAACAAAUCACGUGGAAAGAGAUCGAAGACUCAGGCCCGAAAGACCCUCUUUGGCAAGCCCCUGAACUGCCAAAAUUAUUCUCGACGCCUACGGUCGAACGUCAGCCCAAGGUGGCUGUCACUCCACAACUUCCAAGAUUCACUAGACGGCCAUCUCCGCCUGGGUCGGGAUCAUUAUGGACAAUUCCGCGACGCGGUCGACCCCCCGGUCGACCACGCACUGACGUGAAGCCCAAAGCGUCACCAAAUAAACUCCGCACUCGUGCGGUACGAAACUAUCAUUCAAGCCCUGUGGCGCAUGACUGGUCCUUUUCUCAAAUACCCGACGACGACGAAUCAGACGACCCACUCCAGGAGUGUCAGCCCUCACCUACGCCUUCUAGAGUGUCGAGCGUCCGGGGGAAGCGGAUACUGGGUCCGAUUUUUUCAAACCGGUAUUGGGAAUCAACUCGGCCACCUACUCAGGGCGCUGUUCCGCGGGACCAAUCGGAUACGGCGACCGAUUCUGGUUCUGAUAGUGACGCCUCGGAACAGGAUGAUACACAAAACAACGUGGCCCUUGAUACUCCUUUACAAUACCAUUCUUCUGCACAGCCCCAGGUGCAGGCUGUCUCCAAGCCAGAACCUAGGCAUAAAGUGCCGAGGAGAUCGUAUGCUAGUAUAACGCCCGAUGAAGGGAGGUUGAUAAUCCGCUUGCGACAUGUCCAGCGCAAAGAUUUCAGGGAGAUUCAAAAUUUCUUACCAAAUCGCAAGAUGAUGCAGAUUUAUCAUUGGGAUUACAACCACUGGAAUAGGACCCGAUUAAACCCUCCGCAGCUCUCGGCUCCAUGGACUAAGCGUGAAUUGGACCUUCUUGAGAAAAUCAAGGACAAGAAAGGUCUUUCGUGGCCUGGCAUCAAGGCCGAGGUGCCCGGUCGCUCCCGAAAAGAGAUCGAGUAUGAGUUGAUUCGUCUCUGGGCUGGCGAUGAAGUGUGGAACGAUGGAGAGUGGGAUGGGAAUGAGGAAGGAGACGAGGAGUCAGGCCAUCCUUCCAGGCCUCCUAAACGACCGCUGGACACCGGGACUCCGGAGGUCGAUCCAGAAAGCGAUAAUAAAACUUCGCGUGGCUUCGAAAUGCUCAUUGACGACGAUUCCGACAGUGUCAAAAGCGAGAAUUCUGGAUUUUCCAAGUUAUCUGCGAUAGACGUCAACAGCCCAGCUUACAGCCGACAAGGCUCCAGGACGCCGAGCAGAGCCUCGCCGGCCAAGCGUCUCAAGCUAACAACCUUAUGGUCCUAG